UACCACUUUAUUUAUAAAAAAGUUAAUAGUAAGGAAGUUAAACUUAAGUAUAUACCUAUAGCUAAAAUAGUAGCUAAUAAAUUAACUAAGCUGCUAAAAAAAGAUUACUUUAUAAAAUUCUAUAAAGCCCUAAGACUAAAGAAGAUUAUUAAUAUAAAAAAUACUAGUAAAGAAGCUUAA